CGAAGACUGGUCCGAAAAUUCUGACAAGGAUGAAGCAAUCAAGUGUCGUCGAUCUGUUGCUUCUUCUGCUGGCGAUCUCUCUUCUUACGACGCCGGCGUUCUCCGAUCUGGUUUUAUCCAAAGUCGAACGUCGUAUCGAUGUGACUUCACAGAUUGCUCGCGUUACUAAGACUCUUAAGGUCGUAAAUUCUGGCUCUGAAUCAGUGUCUGAGUUUAUUUUGACCUUCCCAAAGUUUCUUGGGAACAACUUGGCUUAUUUAUCGGUUUCCCAUAGUGAGGGAAAGGGGAAAUCUAAACGUACGUUAGUCAAUCUCUCUGUAAGAGAAGCUGAUUCGAACGGAAUACCCGAUUCAAUUAGUGUUUACUCUGUUGCAUUACCCAAACCACUCAGUAAAGGCGAUACUUUGACGUUGGAGGUAGUUGCUGCAUUCACCAAUGUACUUCAGCCAUUUCCGGAGAAGAUUACUCAGGGUGAAAUCCAUCUUGUUAUGCUCCAAGAAAGUGCACAGUAUCUCUCUCCUUACGCGGUUGAGUCUCAGUCAUUGUCUAUCAAACUACCCAAUGCCAGAAUCGAAUCUUACACCAAAUUGGAGAAUACAAAGCUCCAGGGAUCAGAGCUUAAAUAUGGCCCAUACAAGAAUCUCCAGUCGUAUUCAUACUCUCCCAUAGUUGUCCACUUUGAAAGCAAGGCUGCAUUUGCUGUGGCUGAGAAGCUUGUGCGAGAGAUAGAAGUGUCUCAUUGGGGGAAUGUACAGGUCACGGAGCAUUACAAUGUUGUCCACCGAGGGGCUCAACUCAAGGGCGAGUUUUCAAGGUUAGACUUUCAAGCCAGACCUAAUCCCCGAGGAGCAUCUGCCUUUAGGCAUUUACUUGCUAGAUUACCCCCCAGAGCCCAUUCCAUAUAUUACAGGGAUGAUAUUGGAAAUAUCUCCACGUCUGAGAUGCAAAGUGAUUCGAAAAAGACAGAGCUACUAAUUGAGCCUAGGUUUCCUUUGUUUGGUGGGUGGAAAACUUUUUUCACGAUAGGUUAUGGUUUGCCACUUAGCGACUUCUUGUUUGCUUCGGAAGGAAAGCGAUUCCUUAAUAUCUCCUUUGGCUCCCCUAUACUUGACCUUGUCACUGAAAAACUUAUUGUACAGGUGGUUUUACCUGAGGGGUCAAAAGAUAUAUCAGUUACUACUCCAUUCGCUGUCAAGCAGUCUCAAGAGAUCAAAUAUUCACAUUUAGAUAUAGCUGGUAGACCAGUUGUUGUGCUCGAAAAGAACAACGUUGUCCCAGAUCACAAUCAGCAUAUCCAGGUCUACUAUAAGUUCAGCAACAUCAAUCUGCUGAGUGAGCCAUUAAUGUUAAUCUCUGGAUUUUUCAUUUUGUUCAUCACUUGCAUCAUAUACACACGGGCUGACUUCUCAAUCUCCAAGUCCUCUCCGACAUAUUUGGCGAAACUUCAAUGGGAUGAGGUCCUAGCAACACUCCAGGAAGUCCAAAGCAUCAUCCAAAAAUGCUUAGCCACACACGAUAAGCUUGAAGCAUCGCUGCGUGAUCUCUCAAGAACUGGUGACACUCAAACCUGCAAAGCAGCUCGCAAAUCCACUGACAGUUUACUGAAAGAUCUUUCGAAAGAACUGAAACCAUUGCUGGGUUUCUUACAAUCUUCUUCAUUAGCCUCUCACAUAUCUCCAAAGGUCGAGGAGCUAGUUGCGAAAGAGAAAGAACUUGAAGAGAAGUUAAUGGCCAAACAUACCACUGUUGUUGAAGGGUACGAAAAGAAAUCCUCAGGGCGUGAUAUCGAAAACCGGAUUGCUUCUCAGCAGCAAAAGAUCAUAGCUUUGAGGCAAGAAAUUGAAGAUCUUCUAGAAUUCAUUGAUGAGAUCUAGAAAAGUUAAAUGUAGCAGAUCCUUUUAAGCUUAAAUACCAGACUUUUGAAUGCACUC